UAACAAAUUAAAGAGGAGAGAAAAAAAGAAAGGAAAAUGAGUCCUAAAGGCCCUACUGAUUUUCCUGUCAUAGAUUUCUCCAGGUUGGACCUGAAUCCAGGCAGUAAUCCUGAGGAGUGGGAUUCAGUAAAAUCGCAAGUUCUGAAAGCUGCAGAAAAGUAUGGUUGUUUCAAGUUUGUGUCCAAUAAAAUUUCUUCAGAGCUGAGGAAGGCAAUUCUCAGUGAUCUAGAAGAGAUUUUUGCACUUCCUUUAGAGAUCAAAAUGGGUAAUACUUCAGAAAUACCUAAUGCUGGCUACAUUGGAAAAACACCUUUCACACCACUGUUUGAGAGUUUAGGUAUUGUUGAUCCCAUUGCUUUGGAAAACGUCGAAAGCUUAACCAAUGCCCUAUGGCCAGAAGGAAAGCCAAGUUUCAGCAAUAACAUACAAUCCUAUUCUAAGCAAAUAUUGGAAAUAGAAAAAAUAAUAAGAACGAUGGUCGUGGAAGGCUUAGGUCUUCAAAAGUACUUGGACGAACACUUGAACUCGAGUGCCUCUUGUCUUAGGGUCAUAAAAUAUGAAAGCCCCAAGACCAAUGAGGCGGAGAUUGGCCUAGUUGCUCACACAGAUCACGGCAUGAUCGCAAUCCUUUAUCAAAAUCAGGUAGAUGGAUUAGAGGUAGAGACCAGAACCAGGGAGUGGAUUGAUGUCAAACUCGAACCUGACCAUUUCGUAGUCAUAAUUGGGGAAUCUUUUCUAGCAUGGACUAAUGGUCGAAUCUACGCUCCGAAUCAUCGUGUUACGAUGACUGGAAAAGAUGUGAGAUACUCAGUUGGAACAUUUACAGCAUUUAAAGCAGGGUACAUGGUAAAAGCUCCGGAAGAGCUAGUGGAUGAAGAGCAUCCCUUACUGUACAAGCCUUUUGAUUUUCUGGAAGUCCUGAAACGCCACCAGGAAGAAGUACAGAAGAGCAGUGAAAAUCCUGAAAAGGCUUUUGCCCCUUUAAAGGCCUAUUAUGGUGCUUGAAAUUGAAAUUGAAACUGAAACUUAUCUGUCUGUGUGAUAUUAAAUAAACAUGUCAAUAUAUAUUUGCAAAUGUAUAUUUCAGAGUACUUCAGAGUUAAUUGCAUGAAAUUUCCUUUGUGCAUUUCAAGAGAGAUUAAUCCACCUAUGUUACUAGUGGCUUUGCAAAUACUUAUAAAUUUAAAGAAGUCAUGUAUU